GAGAGCUUACCUGAGCAAAUAGCUAGCGGUACUUUAUCCAAAUACUCUUCACUUUUAUCCAAGAUGAUUCCAUCAGCACUGCAGAACACACGGAAACUCCACCAAGUUUCAAGGCAAAUUCACAAGACGGCUUUGAAGGUGCUUGUAGGCCAUCAGCCAGAAGAAACCGUGACAAACAGUUUUGCGUCAUUUAUCCAUAAGAUUCGCCCAGAGCACCUAUCUGAGAUUGUAAGGCACAGAAGUAAGCGUAUGAUCUUGGACAACAUUGGUGUUGGUCUUGUGGGAAGUACAACACACGUAUUCAACGUGAUCAAGCAAUAUUGUCAGGAUCUGCAUGUUUCAACACAUGGAAGUUCAGCUGUGUGCUCUGUUUAUGGCCAAAAGGGAUUAAAGCUUUCUCCAACGCUGGCUGCUUACACUAACGGAGUAGCUGUUCACUCUAUGGACUUUGAUGAUACCUGGCACCCUGCUACCCACCCAUCAGGCGCAGUCCUACCUGCAGUUCUGGCAUUGACCCAAAUGCUUUCAAAAGACAAAACAAUCACUGGUGAGGACCUUCUGAUAGCAUUUAAUGUGGGAAUUGAGGUACAAGGACGACUGAUGAGUUUCUCACCUGAAGCACAAAAUAUUCCCAAAAAAUUUCAUCCACCAUCUGUUGUUGGCACUAUGGGAAGUGCCGCAGCGUCAGCCAAACUUCUUUCAUUGAACCAAGAACAGUGCACACAUGCAUUGGCGAUCGCAGCCUCUCUUGCUGGAGCUCCAAUGGCGAACGCUGCCACACUCGCCAAACCUUUGCAUAUUGGAAAUGCCAGCAGGCUGGGCCUUGAGGCAGCACUUCUGGCAGCAAGAGGAAUGGAGGCAAAUCCUCUAAUUUUCGAUGAUGUGCCUGGGUGUUCAGGCUUCAGUGCCUUCUACGGAGAGUAUGAACCUAAAUCAUUAUCUGCACCUGGAGAGGAAUAUGAAUUCCUCUUGGAGAACCAAGAUAUUGCAUUUAAGUCAUUUCCAGCCCACCUUGGUAUGCACUGGAUAGCAGAUGCUUCAAUCUCGGUCAGAAACAGAUUCAUAAGCCAGUAUGGCUCCUUUAAUCCAUCUGCCAUCCAAUCAAUUGUUCUCCGAGUUCCAAUCUCUAAAUACAUUAACAGGCCCUAUCCUGAAUCAGAACACGAAGCCCGCCACUCUUUCCAGUUCAAUGCUUGCACCGCCCUUCUGGAUGGUGAGGUGAAUAUCGGUUCAUUCAGUGAUGACAGUAUCUGUCGCAAGGAACUCCAUGUACUGUUGAGUAAAGUGAUAGUGGAGCAUCCUAAAGAUAAUGUAGCCAAUUUUGAUAAAAUGUAUGGGGAAGUAGCCUUACUGAUGAAAAAUGGGGAUAUGGUGACAGGAAAAUGUGACACAUUCUAUGGGCAUUGGAGGAACCCACUGAGUAGAGAGUCCCUUCAAAAGAAAUUCCGCACUAAUGCUAGACAUGUCCUUCAGGAUGAUCAGGUAGAGGGGGUGAUACAGGUAGUAGAGAACAUAGAACAAGUGACAGACAGCUCCCAGUUACCAUUGUUACUGCAGUGAUUAGUCUCUAGCUAAGAUAUGAAAACAUGUGAGCACCUUGUACAGCUCAACAGAAACUGACACUAUAAUAAACAAAUCAAAAAAGGCAAAAACACAAAAAGCUAUACUUAUCAAUUGAAAAACUGGGGCAACCCGAUAGCAAGAUGCCAAAUAUCUAGCAUUGGGCAGAAAACGUCCUUUUAUUUAAUUUUUUUUUUUUUUCAUAUCUACUCGGAGGGCAUGCCACCAUACUGGUAAUAUUUACAUUUUUUUUAUUCAAUAUGACAGUUGUACAGAAAAUAAAGAUAAAAGGAUCCCACUUUUAGUGGAUGGCAGAUUAAGUGCAAUAUUUAAAUUACAAAAUAAUCUUUGUGCAUCUCUAAACAUUUUACAAUGCAAACGUCAAGCAUCGAAGACAAAUACAUGUUUGUGGCAAAAAUAAAUAAUACAUUGUAAUUUUAACCCUUUUCAGUUUAACGGGGUAGUGUGAUUUAAUUGGGCUGCCCUUCAAUCCACGGUUAGCUGUAAUCACAGUUUAGAGGCAGAAAAUCCAUAUCUCUCCAGUUUAUAAUAAACUACAAUUAUUCACUGUGGGCUUUAUAAAUGAAUAGUAAAUAGGUAACAUGACUUACUUUCUGAAGAUCAUGUUUUGCCAUCAUUUAUCAAUACCACAAACCGACAUAUAUAUAUAUAUAUA